GUUUCGUCCAUCUACGCCCGUCAUCCCGAAACCGAUCUUGCUGGAGCUGUGAUUCUGCCAGCGCGAAGCGUCCCGGGUGCCAAUUCUCACCACUGCAAUCACAAGUCCCGAGUACUACUCUGUCAACCAUGGCAUCGAUUGUGCGACCUUCUCUGCUGCGGCAGACUGCGCUGGCGGCUCGUUGCGCCAAGCCUGCCUUCCGAAACAACGCCAUCAAGGCUUCGGCUUUCCACACCUCGUCCCAGCGCUCUGCCUUUCUGCCUCCCGGACCUCAACGAAUUGAGGGCACAGUCAACGACCCUGCCCCCGUUCCCCCGCCCAACGCCUCCCACGGCUCCUACCACUGGACCUUUGAGCGCCUCCUCGCCGCCGGCCUCGUGCCCCUCUCCAUUGCUCCCUUCGCCGCCGGCUCUCUCAACCCCACCACCGACGCCAUCCUGUGCUCCGCCGUCCUCCUGCACUCUCACAUUGGCUUCCAGUCCGUCAUCAUCGACUACAUCCCCAAGACCCGCUACUCCGGCCUGCGAAAGAUCUUCUGGUGGGGCCUGAAUCUGGCGACCGUCACCGUCGGCGUGGGAUUGUACGAGUUUGAGACCAACGAUAUUGGCGUUACCGAGGCUAUUAAGAAGAUCUGGAAGGCAUAAAGGAUAAUGCUAAAAGAGGAGAAUAAGGGACGAAAAACUUGAUAUCUUGUGAUUGCUUGCUGGGGAGGGAAUUCGUCGGGUUUGGAGGCAGGCUGUGUAACUGAUAUUAUGCGCUAAUUGAGCCAAGAAAGGGCUGUGAGCGCUUGUAUAGACGUACGAUCAAAAAAGAAGCAUAACCAUAAUACUUUGGAGUCUGUGCAAUUGCUUUUUGAAUCCUCGCUGUAUUCGUUAUUGAUGCUACCAUAGCUCAUGCACACCCGUCUUUUCUUCCACUCUGUGCAGCUUUCAAGCAUUGUAUACUACCUAGCGAUGGAAGUAAAGGUCAACUUAAUCUUAAUACUUCUCUUCAGCUACUUCUACAACUACCUAUGCUAUACUCAAUUUCUUUCCAACUCAACAGUCAAUUGUGUCCAAUCUCAAAGUCCUCGG